GUCUCAAGCAGCCAUUCAGUUUCAGAAGCCAAUUCGAGAUCCAGCUGCUUGCAUAUCUUCCAGGACGGCAAUCAUGGCGCCUGGGGAAUUAGGGCAGCCGCAGGCAUCCGGCGAUUCUGCGCCUGCUGCUCCAUCGCCCACCUUGCCCCCUCCUGAGAAGCCGCCGGCAGUCAGACAACGGUCAUAUGUCGUGCUGUCCUUCUGGCUGGUUGUCCUGCUGCUUGGACUGCCCAUCUGGUGGAAGACAACGGCGAUUUACCGAGCCGAAUUACCUCUGGAUAGGAUGCUGAAGUGGGCUGACGGCAAGGCUUGUCGACCCGUCUUCCCCCUCCAGAUCUCGAUACAGGCCGAUUCCCUCCAGGAGCAAGAAGCUCAGAAUCUUAUCCGGCUGACCCAACAUGCAUUGGACGAUCUAAACGACUUCUCCGGCCACCACCUGCGCUUGCAGCUUGCGCCACGGAAUGCGCCUCUCCCGAGAGACGACUUUCAAACCGCCUUGACGAUUCGCCUCAAACCGGGCACCAGCAGCUCGGCCUCACUCAACCAGGAAUCUGCUGUUCUCGACAUCACUUACCCACCCAAUCAUGUCCCAUCUCUCACUUCGCCAUCAUCCCCGCUUGCAUCUUACAUUACGAACGAGCUCCGAGCCACCUUCGCCGAAGAACAGUCCAUUAUAUCAUACCUCCUUUCUACAUCUUCCAUGUCCACCGGCGUGCGUCCCCAAGGCCUGAGUGCUGAGGCUGCCGAGGCUCUCUCUAAGCGGACUACUCGAUCUCUGCGAUACGCUCCGACGUACCAUCUCACCUUUUCUCUAUUCACCGAUAAUGCGCUGCCCAACACCUGGGAUAUCGAGACUGCAUUGGACGAGUACAUCAGGCCAAUGCUGGAGGUUCUGCGCCCCAUCCACAAUUUUACUAUCGACACACAAGUUCAGCUGUACGCCAUACCCGGUGUACAAUCCCAAGUACUCAGCAAGGACCACCUAUCCUCGUUUAUCAACGCUGCCGAGUGGCCGCUGUCUCCAUCUAUUGGCAAGGCGCCGACGGUCAACUUUGUCAUAUAUAUUGGAAACCAGACAGUUGGUCUGGACGCUGAGGCCGAGACAUCUCGGUCGUGGAUGAUUCCCCAAUGGGGCACCGUAUACUUGCUCUCUCUACCCGACACGGAGAGCCAUGUAUCGACCGCAGCGCUGAAACAGCCCAUGCUUACAUUUGGUGGCCAUUUGCUGACACUAAUGGGCACUCCUCAGUCAGGAUCUCUGCCCUUGAGACUCUCCACCCUUGGCCGUAUUCGAUCUACCGAUCUUUUACUUCGUGCAUCAUCUACCCUAGGGUCCCUUGCGAGAUUGUCCCUCGCACUGCCCUCCAUCUCGAUUCCUCGCAGCGUUGCAGAUGGUGUUUCAAAGACGAUGCACCACUUGGAGCUGGCUUGCGCCGAUCUUGGAGGGCCCGAGGGACUGAUGCAUGCGAGAAUUGCCGAGGAAGAGGCAGAGAGGGCCUUCUUUGAGAAGAGUAUGGUGGGACAGUUGUAUUUCCCAGAUGAGCACAAGAUUGCCGUCUAUCUCCCAUUGCUUGGGCCGGUGUUUGUGCCUCUUAUCAUGGGGCUAAUUAACGAGGUGAAGAAGCUGAUAAAGGAGGCUAAGCAGAAAGCACUGGAUGCUAGAACUAAGAAACAGCAGUAAUAAAUUUUAGAUCUUUUUUUGAUUAUAUGAAAUAGAAGAUACCCACGAAUCCGGUUCCUU